UCCAUAAGUGCCAUUACAAGAACAUCAAUUUUCAUUCAUCUUUAUCAUCUCCAAUCUUCAAUUUGUAAUUCACAUAUAGGACAAUUUCAAUCUUCAUAUGAAUAUAUGAGUCUCUUAGAUAAGAAUAGAGGCCCCAUUUAAUUCUCUCUCUUCCUCAUCCAAUCUCACCCCCUAAUCUUCUCAUUCUACAGUAACUUACUUUCAUUCACCUCCGAAUUUCAUCUUGAAAGUUUAAUUCUUUACAUAUUCUUCAUAUGCACUUCAACUAUUUCUUCAUUUGUGUGAAAAUUUUCAUCUCUAAUCCCUAAAUUGAAUUAACCUCUGAAUUCUUAAAAAAGGAUUUCGACUGUGAACUGAAUUUGAUGGCGUCAACAUUUCUGAACAACUACGUUCCUUGUAAUGCUGGAUCAAUUAAGAAUUUCAAUAAUGCACAGCGAUUUGUGGGUUUUGGUUCUGAUUUAGGGUUAGGGUUUGCGAAAAUUCGCCCAACAAAUUGGGGAAAUCCUGGGCAUGCUUGUGCAUCACCAUUGGUGGUGAGAGCAAGUGAGAAGAGAGAGAAUUUGACUCAGCAAAAGACAGGUUUGAGUAUUGAAGAAUGUGAAGCUGCAGUUGUUGCUGGGAAUGCACCUUCUGCUCCUCCAGUUCCUCCGAAGCCGAAAGCGCCUGCUGGCACACCUGUUAUCUCUCCCCUUUCACUAGGUCGGCGUCCUCGUCGUAAUCGGAGAUCACCUGUCUUUAGAGCAGCAUUUCAAGAGACAAACUUGUCCCCAGCAAAUCUGGUCUAUCCUUUGUUCAUUCAUGAGGGAGAAGAGGACACACCAAUUGGGGCAAUGCCUGGCUGUUAUAGACUAGGAUGGAGGCAUGGCCUUGUAGAAGAGGUAGCUAAAGCCCGUGAUGUUGGUGUUAACAACAUUGUUCUCUUUCCAAAAGUUCCUGAUGCUUUGAAGACAUCCACAGGUGUUGAAGCAUACAAUGAAGAUGGUUUGGUUCCGAGGACAAUAAGAUUGCUGAAGGACAAAUUUCCUGAUCUUGUAAUUUACACAGAUGUUGCCUUAGAUCCAUAUUCUUCAGAUGGUCAUGAUGGUAUUGUUAGAGAAGAUGGUGUAAUCAUGAACGAUGAGACUGUACACCAACUAUGCAAACAAGCUGUAGCCCAGGCUCGAGCAGGAGCAGAUGUUGUCAGUCCUAGUGAUAUGAUGGACGGUCGUGUUGGAGCAAUUCGUGCAGCACUUGAUGCAGAAGGAUUUCCGCAUGUUUCCAUCAUGUCCUACACGGCAAAGUAUGCAAGCUCAUUUUAUGGUCCAUUCCGAGAAGCACUGGACUCUAAUCCACGCUUUGGGGACAAGAAAACCUAUCAAAUGAAUCCAGCAAACUACAGAGAGGCUUUGAUUGAAACUCAUGAAGAUGAGUCUGAAGGAGCUGAUAUCCUAUUGGUAAAACCUGGGCUUCCUUACUUGGAUAUUAUUAGACUCCUUCGGGACAACUCAGCUCUGCCAAUUGCUGCAUAUCAGGUUUCUGGUGAGUACUCCAUGAUAAAGGCAGGCGGGGUUCUCAAAAUGAUUGAUGAGGAGAAGGUCAUGAUGGAAUCACUUCUUUGUCUCCGUCGAGCUGGUGCUGACAUCAUUCUUACUUAUUUUGCUUUACAAGCUGCAAGAUGUUUAUGUGGAGAGAAGAGAUGAUUCCCUUUAAUGGACCAAAGAAGUGUCAAAAUUGCAGUAUUUGUAGAGGUGCAGAGCAGGAAUAUGAUGUUUUAUGUAUUUGUUCCAGAGAUUUGAAUCUCAGUUUUUCCAGGAGUGUUUAGCUAGUUGUUACAGCCUUACGAGGUCCGAAGGAAGAAAGUUAGGGAAAGAAGAGGAAAAUUCGAGAGAGGUUAUAUGUGCAUGAAGUAGAGGAGGUUAUUUGUGCAUAAUUGUACUGACUGCAUUUGUAGAUGUCUUACGGAAAAUUAUGAAAAUGGUUCUUGUAGCCCUUUUGGCUAAUA